AUGGUUGCCUCCAUUCCCAUCCAAAGUCACUUGGUCAUGCCAAAUUUUAGUUCUGACAUUCCCACACCGUCACGAAUCAACUGCUCAAGCUGGCGGUUGGCUGUGGAAACCAACAAUCUACGGAACUGGACAUUGGUCCCCGAGGCGUCUGACGCGGCCGAAGCAGAAGACGUUAUAAGCACCGGCGCGUCUGAAGGAAAAAUGUCUGAUUCAUCAGCAUCCUCCUCCUCUAGCUCUGAUUUUGAAGCAACCGAAUAUGAAUCCAUCAAUCGGGUUGUUUCCCAGAUGAAUGCAAUUUUCAAUCCCGAGGCCAUAAGCGCUUGUGUUAACGUUAUCUUUGACGAAGAAGAAAACCAGAUCCAAGCAGCUUCAAGUUCUUCAGCACCCAAGCUGACUAGAAGGGUGAUCCAUCGAGAUCACCUUGGUGCUGCAAAACUUUUAUACGAUCAUUACUUUGCACCUAACUACACCUACCCACCCGACAUGUUUCGUAGAAGGGAUGUGGCGGAGGAAGACGGAAUGGUCUUCAAAUCACGAAAGAGGAAAGAGUUGGAAGAAGAUUACGGAUACAAAAUCAGAGAGAAUAUAGGGGAUCAAUGGAGCGAUUUACUUGGUACCAAAACGGGCCAACGCACCUUUAAGCUCCCCAACCCUUUGUAUAACAUAACAUCCCGUAAUAUAUUGGAUUGA